AAGAUUACUCCCACGGGGAUCACUUUUUAUACUCGCAGGCGGGCCCCUUUUCCGUAUUUUCUUCUCUGGUCUCAAGGACAUCUUUACCUGGCUGUCUUUAAGCUCCCCCAUCACCCAUCAUGUUGUAACUACCUAACUCUUUAUUUUUUUGGUUGGUACACUUGAAUAAAAAGAAACAGCACCAGUAACCCUUCAUGGCGCGCCGGCACUCUUACAUACACACAUACCACUCUUGACCUAUCUUUGCUGAGCUCCCCCUCCAACCCUCCUUUCGCCCAUGCAUUGCAUGCAAUGCAUAUAUAUAUAUAUCUUGGCCUAAUUACGCGGUAUGGUGUGGUGGUCCAUCAUUCCCUCUUGCAAAAAACCUGUUGUACGAUUGCUAUCCUUCCUCGGCAACCGGAGACCAGGAAUCGGGCACUCACGCGUUGGGCAUGUGGCGGCCGGCCUGCAGCUGGUGGUGGGUUGGUUGGUUGGUGGUGAUGGUGUCCUCACCAGUGUCGAGGCUGCUGCUCUAUCAUCACCCGCAACCAUCACGCGAUUGCGGAUCAAGGGACAGGCACCGUGGCACGAAAAGAUAGCGACGAGCAUGGGCUAUCACGGAGCAGUCUUACGGUUGGCUUCAGGAGGAGCUUCCAUGUCAUGUGGGUAUCUGUCUUUGGUAUCAUUCCUAUGGCAUAUACAUACUGUGCCCCAUAGAGCCUGGUCGAUACUAUCUCUCCUCUCAAUAUCUCUCCCUCUUUCUCUCUUCAUCUCCGCCAUUAUUUCGGUCUGUUUAGUGGCCUUGCCAGGGGACGGGGGUUCCAAAAUAUCCAAAGAUCCAACUGCCUUCCCAAUGGUCCACGAUCCGUUAAAAGAAAUAGAAAUAAAUAAAAAAGAUGAAGCCCCAUGCCCAACAACCUCCAGUAUUUUCCAAACUCCGCUUAGCCCAGAAGCUAGCACAUAAAUCGUAAAAAAAAAAUUCUGGCCCUCUGUCCCUGGGUAACCAUAAAAUAGGGGGGAGCGGGGGUCGUAAUACGCUGAAAAAUAAGCCCUUUCUAAGAGGAAAUGCCACAGCCUGCGCUAUGCAAUGCGUGUUAGUCAUGGAGAGUAAAGAGAAGAGAAAAGCAAAAAAAAAAAAAAAAAA